UUUUUUUUCAUCUUCUUUAUUCCCCAUUCCUUUCCUUUUUAUCUUUACUAUUCCGCCCCUUACUUUCCUUUCAUCUUAUAUGGUUCAUUAUGCCUAAAACAGAAUAUCUCACUCCUUUAACACCAGAGCAAUAUCAAGAUGUCCUUGAACUUAUCAAAUAUACUGAAGCUAAUCGUAAACCUUUAAGAAAACCACGUACUCGUAAAAGAGAUCCCAAUAUUGCACCUCGACCAUUGAAUUGUUUUUUGGUGUAUCGUAAAGAAAAACAACAACAAAUAGCUGAAUUAUGUAAAGGUGCCAAUCAUCGAUUGAUAUCUAAAAUCGUAGCCAAAUGGUGGAAACAAAUUGAUCCGAAAUCAAAACAAUUAUAUAUGGAUGUCGCCAAAAAGGCCAAGGAUGAUCAUUCUGCAAAAUUCCCUGGUUAUAAAUAUGCCCCUAGAAGAAAACAUGUUUCCACUAAAAGAAAAGAAGAAUCUAUAAAGUCAAAAAAACAAUAUCAUUCUACUUCAUCUAUCAAGUUACCUCGGUCAUCUGAUUCCACAGUACAGAAUCAAGUCUUUAUGGAUUCACUUUCUACUCCUUCAAAGGAUUCUAUUAUUCCAAUGGUUCCAAACUAUGGUGUUAAUGAUGGAUUGAACUUAUGGAAGGAUUUUGCUAAUCAAGUGGUAUCAAACACACCGGUGGAAAAUGAUUUAUCUUUUCUUCAAUAUCCUAUGUACGAUGAAAGCCUUAUUCAAUUCAUACAACAACAACAACAACAUAUGGAAAAUCAUUUGAUUACACCUGGAAAACCUUUAUUGGAUUCCUUUACUACUAUUGGCAAUAAUGACUAUUAUCGUUCAACCUAUCAUCCUAAUAAUAUCAGCAAUAGUGACUAUGAUGAUAUCCUCCAUGGCUAUAAGAAUCAACCACCAAGUAAUAUUUUAAUGGAAGGUCAUUACUCGACGGAAAUGCCUAUGAUGAUGCAACUCUGUGGUUACAACAAUGAUACACCAAUGUUACCACCUUAUAUGGAGACACCAAAUUUGUCUGAUAAUGAAUCUCCCCUCUCUGAUUGGUCUUGUCAAGUAUAUGGUGAUUCCCACAUCAUUAAACCUGAAUGUAUCACAUUAUCAGAUUUGGAAAAACAACAAGAAGCAUUACGACAAGAGGCCAAUCAUCCUCUCACCAUCACUCAAUUAUAGGACAGACGCUAUGGUGAUAUUAGUUUAGUCUAGUCUAAUAAUUUUUUAUUAUUAUUAGUAUUAUUAUUAU